AUGACGAAGCUGAUCCAAGCAAAGCACCGCCCCGCAGAGGUACCCGACCGCGCGGUGACCUGGCCCGCGCUGGCCUGGUUCUCCCCGAUGCGCGUCGGGGAGUGCGUCUGGAGCAGCGGCUCGGGCCGCGACAAGGUGCUGACCGGGGGCGACGUGGCAGCGCGCUGCGGAGGCUGCCCCACGACCACGGCUGACCAGCCGCCGGCAGGAGAGGAGCGCAAUCAAUGCCGCACCGGCGAGUGUCUCUGCCCAGCGCUGGUGGCGGAGUGGGCGCAGCAGCACUUUUCCGAGCGCUUCGCGACCGAGAAGCAUCUCCCGCUCUGCUGCCAGCGAAAUGGGACACCAGCGAUGCGCGAGGAGGUGCAAAAGGUGCUCGAGCAGCGCAUACGACCGCACUUGCCGCGCAUCGGAGGCGCUGCCGCCCUCUACCACAUCUACCCGGACGUGGAGCUGAUCAAAAACCUCGGGCGCCAGAGCAGCACCUUUUGGGGGGCGAGCGAGGGGGCGAAGGUCGCGGCCGCUGGCCCCGCUGGCGCGGCGAGAGGGACGACCUCGCUGCACGCCGACAGCCGCCCGCCGAAAGCAGAGCGGCCCCGGGCGCAGGGCGCCGAGGCGAGACGC